CCGUCUGCUCCUUCCUUCUCUUUCUCCCCAUGUCCGCCCCUCUUAUUGAUGCCAUCGUCAAGGCCGACAGCACCGACAAGCGCCAAGCUGCCGCCGAUGCCCUUGCCGCCUUCGCCAAGUCCGAGGGCCUCGUCAAGUCCGUCGCCAUCAUCGACAGCCUCUCUCCCCUCCUCGAGAACAAGAAGUCCGUCCCCCACCGUGAGGGCGCCCUCCUUGCCCUCGGCUCUUUGGCCAACACCUUUGGCCAGGCCGCCGAGCCCUUCCUGAUCCCUCAGAUGCCCAAGGUCUUUGAGCUCUACUCGGACAAGAUGGUCCCCGUCCGCCAGGCUGCUGGCGUCGCCUCCAAGGCCAUCAUGGCCCUCCCCACCCGCUAUGCCGUCCGUCUCUUGCUGCCCGUCAUCUUCCACGCCAUCAAGGAAUCCAAGUGGCAGUCCAAGAUUGGUGCCCUGGAUAUCUUGUCUGGUUUGACCCAGACUGCUCCUCAGCAAAUCUCUGCUGCCCUUUCGGACAUCAUCCCCAUCAUCAGCGAGGCUAUGUGGGACUCCAAGCCCGAGGUCCGUGACCAGGCCACCAAGACCACCACCGACUGCUUCAACGUCGUCGGUAACCCUGACUUGAUCUCCUCCAUCCCCUACCUCGUUGGAUGCAUCAACCGUCCCGAGGAGGCUGCCGAGUGCAUUCACCAGCUUGCUGCCACCACCUUCGUCACCACUGUCGAGGAGCCCACUCUCGCCAUCAUGUGCCCCCUCUUGGUCCGUGGUCUUGCUGAGCGUACCCCCUCUAUCCAGCGUCAGACCGCCGUCAUUAUCGAUAACAUGUGCAAGCUUGUCGAGAACCCCGCUCACGCCCAGCAGUUCUUGCCCAAGUUGUUGCCCGGUUUAGACCGCAUGAUCGAGAUUGGUGCCUCCCCCGAGCUCCGUAGCGUUGCUGAGCGUGCCCGCUCCACCUUGGUCCGCGUCGGUGGUGGUGAGCCCGGUUCCAAGGACCAGGUCGUCACUAUCGCCUACACUGUCUCCUCCUCCGAGGUCCUCGAGGUCCUUAAGGCCAAGGCCGCCUUUGUCAAGGAGGACUCUUUCUCUGCCACCCUCCUUGCUUACGUCUCGACCCUUUGCGCCGAGUUGAUUGCUUCCCGCAACUUUGAGAAGGAUGCCUGGGUCUCCUCCAUUUCCCCCUACCUCGCUGUCGUCGGUUCUGAUGCCGAGGUCGCUGUCUUGGCUGAGGAGCUUAACGCCUACUACGUCGACUACGAUACUAAGAACGCUCUUUCCAACGCCGCUGUUGCUGAUGUUGAGGAGGGUGAGUUGCUCUGCGAUUGCGAGUUCUCCCUGGCCUAUGGUGGUAUGAUCUUGUUGAACAAGACCCGCCUCAACCUUCGCCGUGGUCAGCGCUAUGGUCUUUGCGGACCCAACGGUGUCGGAAAGUCAACCCUCAUGCGCGCCAUUGCCGAGGGCCAGCUCGAGGGUUUCCCCUCGCCCGAUGAGCUCCGCACUGUCUUUGUCGAGCACAACCUCCAGGCUGAGGAGGCUGACCUCCCCGUCACCACCUUCAUCUUCAAUGACGAGAACAUCAAGAACCUCGAUAAGAAGAAUGUCAUUGACAUGCUCGAGUCUGUCGGUUUCGACAAGGAGAAGCAGGAGCAGGCUGUCGGUUCCCUUUCCGGUGGUUGGAAGAUGAAGUUGGAGUUGGCCCGUGCCAUGUUGAUGAACGCCGAUAUCCUGUUGCUGGACGAGCCCACCAACCAUUUGGAUGUUGCCAACGUCGCCUGGUUGCAGAACUACCUCACCUCCCUCACCAACGUCACUUCGAUGAUCGUUUCUCACGACUCGAGCUUCUUGGACACUGUCUGCACGGGUAUUAUCCACUACGAGACCCGCAAGUUGAAGAAGUACAAGGGUAACUUGUCCAAGUUCGUCGAGCAGUACCCCGCUGGUCGCUCCUACUACGAGUUGUCGGCUUCGCCCAUUGCCUUCAAGCUCCCCGAGCCCGGUUUCUUGGAUGGUGUCAAGUCCAAGGAUAAGGCCCUUGUCAAGCUCCAGAACAUCGACUUUGCCUACCCCGGCUCCGACAAGUUGACCAUCAAGAACAUGUCCUGCCAGGUCUCGCUCAACUCCCGUGUCGCUGUCAUUGGUCCCAACGGAGCCGGAAAGUCGACCCUUAUCAAGGUCUUGACUGGUGAGACCGUCCCCACUGACGGUACCGUCACCAAGCACCCCAACGUCCGUGUCGCCUACGUCGCCCAGCACGCCUUCCAUCACGUCGAGCAGCACUUGGACAAGACCCCCAACGAGUACAUCCGCUGGCGUUACCAGUAUGGCGAGGAUCGUGAGAUGAACAACAAGGCCACUCGUCAGAUCUCGCCCGAGGAGGAGGCUCAGAUGAAGAAGUUCAUCCAGUGGGAGAUCAACGAGAAGAUUGAGAAGGUCCAGAUCGAGGAUCUCUACGGACGUCGCAAGGCCAAGCGCACCUUCGAGUACGAGGUUCAGUUCGUUGGCCGCUCGUACGAGGAUAACGCCUGGAUCCCUCGUGAGAAGUUGGAGGAGUGGGGUUUCGAGAAGGUCCUUCAGGCCUUUGACGACAAGGAGGCCGCCAAGGCUGGUGCCUGGACCCGCUCAUUGACUGCCGUCGAGGUCGAGAAGCACUUGGGAGAUCUUGGAUUGGAUGCCGAGUUCUCCACCCACAGCCGUAUCCGCGGUCUUUCUGGUGGUCAGAAGGUCAAGGUCGUCCUUGCCGCCGCUAUGUGGCUCAACCCCCACUUGUUGGUCUUGGAUGAGCCCACUAACUACUUGGAUCGCGACUCUCUCGGAGCUUUGUCGGGUGCCAUCAAGGAGUUUGGCGGUGGAGUUGUCAUCAUUUCCCACAACCGCGAGUUCACUGACAGCGUCACUGUUGAGAAGUGGUCGGUCAUUGCUGGAGAGCUCACUGUCUCUGGCCAGAACUACACCCAGAAGAACUUGGAGAAGAUCGUCAUGAAGGAGGAGGAGGUCAAGAUCGAUGCCUUCGGUAACGUCGAGAAGGUCAAGUCUACGCGCAAGUUGUCCCGCAAGGAGUUGAAGGACAAGCAGAAGCGUCGUGCUGCUGCCAAGAAGCGCGGUGAAGAGGUCUCUGACUCUGAGGAGGACUUUUAAAUC